GCGGGGUGAGCCGCGUCAUAACCCGGAAGCCGGACGGGCACUUGGCAGCUCACGUCUUCCUCCCACUGGCGCGGGGUGCUCAGUUCCCCCCCAGGUGGGGGAUUCGGGGUGUCCAGUCCUUUGCCCAGGGAGGGAUGCUGUAGGUGGAAGACGUGACCACACCUGCCUCAACCACCAGGGGCCACUGUGACCAGCACCUCCUGGGAAGAAACUGUCCAUGUUUACCUUGGGCAGGGGAGUCUGAAACCACAGCAAUGUCUGGGUCCGAGUCCUACAUCAAGAAGCUGUCUACCAUCCUGCUGGACGCCGUCACCGAUAAGGACCCUCUGGUGCAGGAUCAGGUUUGCAGUGCUUUGGGCACCCUCGGGGAGUCACAGCCAGAGGAGACGCUCCGUGCCUGUGAGGAGUACCUGCGGCAGCAUGAGAAGCUGGCACAUCCCUACCGCACGAUGAUCCUGAGGGCCAUGGAGACGGUUGUGAGCAGCCACAUCGACAAGUUGGACAAGGACACAGCCAGGGCCAUCAUCUUCCUAGCCUCCAAUGAGAUGACCAGGGUGAAGGAACUGGUGACUGACUGGCAGCAGGCUGCCAGCAGUGUCCUGGUGGCUGUGGGGAAGCGCUUCAUUUGCCCAGUGAUGGAGGAGAUGCUGACCAAGUUCCAACCCGGCCUCCUGCCCCACCCUUUCAUUGUUCAGACCUUGGCCAACCUCUCCAUCUCCAACGUGUUUGGCAUGGUGCCCUUCCUGACAUCCAUCCUCAGCACCAUGCUGCCCAUGCUGAGCCUGGCCAAGCACGACUCCAUGCGGGUGGUGUUCUGCUGCGCUCUGCAGCGCUUCAGUGAGAGCACCCUGGAGUACCUGGCCAACCUGGACCAGGCCCCGGACCCCACAGUCAGGAAGGAUGCCUUUGCCACUGACAUCCUCAGCGCCUACGACAUCCUCUUUCACCAGUGGCUGCAGAGCCGAGAGGCCAAGCUCCGGCUGGCUGUGGUGGAAGCCUUGGGGCCCAUGAGCCACCUGCUGCCCAGUGAGAAGCUGGAAGAGCAGCUCCCCAAACUCCUGCCCGGAGUCCUGGCACUCUACAAGAAGCACGCCGAAGCCUUCCAUGUGUCCAAGAGCUUGGGCCAGAUCCUUGAGGUGGCUGUGAGCGUGGGCAGCCGCACACUGGAGGUCCAGCUUGACUCUCUCCUGGCUGCUCUGCAUGCACAGAACUGCGUGCCAGUGGAGUCACCCAGCCCCCUGGUAAAGAGCAACCAGAAGGAGGUGCUGCGCUGCCUCACUGUGCUGGCUUGCUGCUCACCUGAUCGCCUGUUGGCCUUUCUGCUGCCCAAGCUCGACAUCAGCAACGAGCGGAUCCGAGUAGGCACCUUGCAGGUCCUCAGGCACAUCAUCAACUCGGCUGCUGCUCAGAUGGAGGUUAAGAAGCCCUUUAUUCUCUCUUCCAUGAGGCUCCCUCUGAUGGACACCAACAACAAGGUGAAGCGGGCUGUGGUACAGGUGAUCAGUGCCAUGGCCCAUCAUGGCUACUUGGAGCAGCCUGGGGGCGAAGCCAUGAUUGAGUACAUCGUGCAGCAGUGCGCGCUCACCCCUGAGCUGGAGCCUGAGAAGCUGAGUCCUGACGGGGAGGAGCUCACAGCAGACAGCGUGCGGGCCGUCAGUGUCAGCACCCUCUUCUUGGUCAGCACCACCGUGGACAGAAUGUGUGAUGUCCUCUGGCCCUACCUACUUGAGUUCCUCACCCCGGCGCGAUUCACAGGGGCCCUGACACCACUCUGCCAGAGCCUUGUACAGCUGGCUCAGAAGAGGCAGGAAAGGGGCCCUAAUGCCCUCCUCAUCCAGUAUGACCAACACGUGAGCCUCCCGUCCCCCUACGCCAUCAUCACCAGGCUUCUGGCUGUGUCUUCCAGCCCCUACCUGGGGGACAAACGUGGGGCGGCCUCGCUGCGCCUCCUGCAAGUACUGCACGGCAACAUCCACCCCUCACUGGGCCGGCGAUGGGACACCACCAUCCCCCUGCUGCUGGAGUAUCUGGAUGACCAUAAUGAGGAAACCCUACCACAGAAGGAGUGGGAGGAAAAACUGCUGAUGUUCCUCCGGGACACUCUAACUAUCGUGUCUGACAACACCUGGAUCUGCCAACUGAGCCUAGAGAUGUGCAAGCAGCUCCCCAGCUACAACGAGACACCCCAGGAGAAGAACUUCCUGUACAAGUGCAUAGGGACCACACUGGGUACUGCUUCCAACAAGGAGGUGGUGAAGAAACACCUACAGGAACUGCUGGAGACAGCCAGAUACCAGGAAGAGGCAGAGCAUGAGGGUCUCGCCAACUGUUUUGGGCUCUGUGCCAUCUCCCACCUGGACAACACCCUGGCCCAGCUGGAGAACUUUGUGAAGUCAGAUGUGUUCAGAAAAUCCAUUGGCAUUUUCAACCUCUUUAAGGACCGGAGUGAGAACGAGGUGGAGAGAAUGAAGGGCGCUCUGAUCCUGUGCUAUGGGCACGUUGCCACACGGGCCCCUCAGGAACUGGUCCUGGCCCGGGUGGAGUCCGACAUCCUCAGGAACAUGUUUCACUACUUCAGUACCAAGGUUCUGGGAAUAAAGGUAGAGACCAAGGACCCAACCCUGAAGCUGUGCCUGGUGCAGAGUGUGUGCAUGGUCAGCCAGGCCAUCACCAGCAGUGCACAGGCUGGCUCCUUCCACUUCUCCCGGAAGGCAGAGCUGGUGGCACAGAUGAUGGAACUCAUUAAGGCUGAGCCCCCAGACUCGCUGAGGACGCCCAUCCGGAAGAAAGCCAUGCUGGCCUGUACACACCUGGUGCCCCUGGAGCCAAGGCUGGAGGAGCCGGCACGAGCGGACAUGAUCCAUAGCUGUCUGCACAGUGUCCUGGCCGUGCUGCCUGAGCACCAGGUAGAUGGCCAAGAAAAUCAGGAGCUCCUAUACCAAGAUACCUUGCAUGCCUUGGAGAACCUGCUCAUCAGCCUCCUUCAGCAGGACAUGACUCCUCAGGGCUUGCAGAUCAUGGUGGAGUACCUGAGUCCAUGGAUCAAGUCUCCUCAGGGCUACGAGCGGGAGAGAGCACUGCACUUGAGUGCCCACCUGUUGCAACACUUCCUGGAGCACCUGCAAGUCAGCGCCCUGGUGCCUUUCCACAACCUGGGCCUCCUUGUCGGCCUCUUUGCCCCACGGUGCACAGACCUGUGGUCUGCCACACGCCAGGAGGCGGUAAGCUGCGUCCAUUCGCUGCUCUACCUCCAGCUGGGAUAUGAGGGCUUUUCACGUGACUACCGGGAUGAUGUAGCUGAGCGGCUCCUCACCCUCAAAGAGGGCCUCCUGCAUUCCGACCCGACCACUCUCUUCCACACCUGCCACAGCAUCGCCCAGAUCAUUGCAAGGCGCCUCCCACCAGAUCAGCUCAUCAGCCUCUUGCUGACCUUGUUUGAGAGCUUGGGAGACCUGGACAAGAAUUGCUCUCGUGCCUCCACAGUCAUGAUCAACUGCCUACUGAAGGAACGGGGCAGCAUGCUGUUGGAGAAGGUACCCGAGAUUGUGAGUGUGCUGCGCUCCAAGCUGCAGGAGACACAGGAGGAGCACGUCUUACAGGCGGCGCAGCAUAGCAUGUUCCUCCUAGCAUCUCAGCACCCCGUGGCUGUGGUGUCCAGCCUGCUGGGCAGCCCCCUGCCAUUUGACAGCCACAUCUGUACCCUGUGGCGUGCCCUGGCUGUAGAGCCCAGCCUCACUGCCCGGGUUCUAGCACUGCUUCUGGAGAAAAUGAACAGAGAUGUCCCAUUCAAGGAGAGCCGGACCUUCCUGCUGAGCAGCUCCCCUGACCGUGUGGCCACAUUGCUGCCCUUGGCGGCCACCUGUGCUUUGUAUGAAGUGGCAUCCGCCCCGGCGUCUGGGCCUGCUGUGCUGGAGCUCUACCCCCAGCUGUUCUCAGCACUCCUGCUACGUGUCAGCUGCACCAUGGGCGUCCAGCUGCCCCGCAACCUGCAGGCCAAGGAGCGGAGGAGCAGCAGCCAGGCCGCCCGGAGCCUGGAGCCUUGCAGCACUGCGGUGGAGGCACUACGGGCCAUGCUACUUCGAGGCAGCAGUGAGGACGUGGUACAGCACAUGGACCAGGAGGGAGGCUGGGAGAUGCUGGGAUCCCCAGAGGGCCACGAGGCAGGUGUUAGCCUGUUGUCCAGUGCCAUGGCCAAGCUUGCAGGCCCCCGGCUGCCCCUAGUGAUGAAGGUGCUGGUGAACGCACAGAGCAGCGUGUAUGAGAACCAGAGGAUCACUUCCACCGCCUUCCUGGCUGAGGUGCUCAGCAGCAACGUGGUGAAUGACCUGAUGCUCCUAGACUCCCUGCUGGACAGCCUAACAGCACGGCAAAAGGAUCCAAGUGCUGGCGUGCGGAGGCUUGUGCUCCGAGGCCUAGCCAACAUGGCCUCUGGCUCCCGGGAGCAGGUGCAGACUCAUGGCCCCCAGCUCUUGAUGGCCAUGAUUGGUGGGCUGGACGACGGGGAUGACCCACACAGCCUGGUGGCCUUGGAGGCCAUGGCAGGCCUGGCCAGGCUGGUGGGCCUGUUGGAGCCUGGGGACCUGCACUCAGUCUUGCUGCACGUAGCUAUCCGUAUCCGGCCGUUCUUCGACAGUGAGAAGAUGGAGUUUCGAGCCACUUCCAUCCAGCUCUUUGGGCACCUCAACAAGGCCUGCCACGGGGACUGUGAAGAUGUCUUCCUGGAGCAGGUGGUGGGUGGGCUGGUGCCCCUGCUGCUGCACCUGCAGGACCCCCAGGCCCUCGUGGCCAGUGCCUGUAAGUUUGCCCUGUGCAUGUGCGCCCCCAACAUGGAGUGUGAGGACCUGGAGGCCGCCUUCCAGAAGCACCUGCAAGAGGGCCGGGGGCUGCACUUCGGGGAAUUUCUCAACACCACCUGCAAACACCUGAUGCACCACUUCCCGGAGCUGCUGGGCCGCCUGGUGAGCACCAGUCUGUUCUACUUCAAGAGCUGCUGGGAAGACAUCCGAGCUGCUGCCCCCAUGCUCACAGGGUUCCUGGUGUUACACGUGGAGCCGGAGCACCAGCCCCAGGUGGAUCUGGAGCAGCUUGUUAUGGCACUGCAGUUCCUGCUGAGGGAUCCGGCCCCCACUGUGCGUGUGAAGGCUGCAGAGACCCUGGGCCACCUGGUAAAGUUUGCCUGAGGGCGUCUAGAGCAAGACCACCUGCCCUGGGUCCCCACUCAAGGAGCCAAAGACCCGCCCCUCCACCAGGAAAUUUCCAGAGGCCAAACAGGGACUGGCCAGUGUGUCCCCACCUCAUUCUAAUAAAGCCAUUUGCUCCUCAGCAAGUGA